AUGAGGUUAAAGGUGAAAGGUAAUGUAUCUAACAACUUUAACAAAAGCGUGGAAACCAAUGAUCCUCAACACCUAAUUGAAGAACCAGGGGAUCUUAACAACAGCGUGGAAAUCAGUGAUCCCCAACACACAAUGGAAGAACCAGGUGAUGUAUCAAACAACUUUAACAACAGUCAGGAAACCAGCAACCCGCAACUAUUAUGCAGUGAACCCCAACACCUUAUGAAAGAACCAGUGAAACAGGAAACUGGUGAUGAAACAGCUACUGACGUUCACUCAUCAGGCCCAGAAAUGCCAACCCCACCAAAUAUUCCUGUGGCACAAGCGGCUGAGAAAAAAGAGGAGCAAGAACCUGUAGAUCGGAAAGAAAAAAGUAGAACAAGUACUUCCAGUGGAGAGCCUCAGCAAGACUCUGUCACAACUAGCCAAGAAAUGCCACCCCCAACAAAUGUGCCAAUGUUACCAGAAGCAGAGAAAAGAGAAGAGCUAGAGACUGUAAAUCGGAAAGAAAACAAUCCCUCCAGAGAACAAGCUCAUCCUCCUGGUUAGAUGGAAAAUAUUGGAAAAAAGUUACUUCAACAGAAAGAUUUCGAUUUUGUUUAACUUUAUACUAAAACAAGCUAUCAAAAAUAUGAGUAUGGUAUCUAGGGCAGGGGUCUGCAACCUUUUGAGACGAAAGAGCCAAAAGUUACAAUUUACAACAUUACCCGGUUUUUAAAGAGCCACUAACAUGUUUAUGUCUAUAGCAUAUUUGUUUAGGAUUAUAUAUAUAUAUAUAUAUAUAUAUAUAUAUAUAUAUAUAUAUAUAUAAUCAUAAACAAAUAUCAUACUAUAUAUAUAAUAUAAAAUAAAUAGCUUUGAAUAUAAUAUGAGAUAAUCACAUUUGAAUUUGUGUUGAGAGCGGGGCUUUAACCACAACGGGAUUUUCAACUACAGAUGGGGGCCAUAAUAUAUAUAUUUUAAAGCAUAAUUAUAAACUGUUAUUUGAUUUAAAUUUAUGAUACAAUUAAAUAGAAUUUAUAAAUGUUUCACGAGAGUACAUUAAUUGAAAUUAACAAAUACUAAAAAAGUCAAUAAGGAUAUUUUAGUCUCCACAUAUACCAAGUUUCACAAAUAAAUAGUGUACAAUGUACUUGAAAAUACAUAGCAUAAAAAAGGGUUAAAAAAACAUGCCAACAAUAUAGUCAAAGAAGUAAUACUUGUUAUUGUUAACUAAAUAACAGACGAAUUAACUUAUUAUUAAACCCUGCCGCAAUUUAAAAUGUAUUACACAACUUUUAGAAUUAAUCCUUAACACCUGUGAUCAAAGACCCUAUAUGGACAAAACACCUAUAGUCAAAGCUGGACACAGCGCUUGUGAUCAAACACCCGUUGACAAACCAUCUGUGAUCAAAGACCCUCUGCUGAGAAAACACCUGUGGUCAAACCACCUAUGGCCAAAACCCCGUUAUGGUCAAAGCCUGGCUGUGGUAAAAGCCCCUCUGUGGUCAAACCACCUAUGGUCAAAGGUCCGCGCACCGCUUUUCUAAUUCUAUUGGGGUCGCGGGUCACUUACUUUUUAUAAAAGGGGGUCGCCACUCGAAAAAGUUUGAGAACCACUGUUCUAAUAGAAUAGUGAAUGUUUUUUGUUUAUAUCUAUUGUUAUAUCGUGCCGAGUGUUGCAGACUACUAUUUUUAUGAGUUUUGAAAAUAAAAUAAUUAUUAAUAUUUGUGCAUGGAGCGGAAGAGCCGCAACUGGACACCAAAAGAGCCGCAAGCGGCACGCAAGCCACAGGUUGCCGACCCCUGAUCUAGGGUAUUGUAUUUGCUGUUUUAAUAACUUUUUAUUGUUCAAUUUUUUUUUACACUUGUGUGUCCCAGUUUUUAACACAUAAAAAUUUAAUUUAUUUUUUAAGAUAGUAAAUUUCCAUAAUUUUUUUAGUUUCCAAAAUUAUUUAAACUAAUACUAUUGGUACUAAGCUUAAUUGAUUUUCUUCAUUCUGAUCAAACUUUUGCAUCCUUAAGACUGAUUGAAAAAAAACUACUUUAAAUGAACAAUAGAUGUAUGACUUAAUAUUUAAAAAAAAAAAUUGUAAUGAACAAAUUUGUAAUGCUAUUAGCAUUAAGAUUAAUUACAAUGCAUGGCUCAAAAAAAAAAAUAAAAGUAGUAUUUUUGGUAUAAAAAAACGCUGUUGCACAAACAAUAUAACACCUGGAUCAUUAAAAAUUGAUCAUACUGUUGGUAACCAAAAUUUGAAAAAAUUAGUUUCUGUUGGUUCCCAUUGUUUUUUUAAAAAUUCUAACAAGACCAAAAUCAGAAUAUUAUUGGAUGUUAAAUAUAAUGCCCACACUUUUUGUAUUUUCUUAGUGUGAAACUGAAAUUCUUUUAUUCUAAUUCUUGUAUUUUAAAAAUAAAACUAGAAUGCAUUUGUUACUUUUUUUAUUUUCUUUUGAUUGUAGAAAUUCUUUAGCUACUUUUUGUACUUUCUUAUAAAAACUAGAAAUGUAUUUGUUACUUUUGUAUUUUCAUAUAGUUACAUUUUUUUUAGCUGUUCUUGUAUUUUCUUACAAUUCCCACAACUGAUUUUAUCAAGUUAUGUGUUGUAAUAAAGCUCAAACUGAUUAGCAGUCCAUCACCCUUACUUUAAUAAUUCUCUCUGACAAUUGCAAUUGUUACUACUUACAAUCAACUUUCAUAAACUAGCAAAGAUUCAAUGGCAAUAGUUGCAGCCAGUCAGUAUAUAUACAUCUUUACUUUUCAAAUUAAAAUAUAAACAAAAUUUUCUUAAAGAAAAAGAUUUUUUUCAUUUCUAUUGAUGUAAAAGCAACACAUUAAAACACUGACAGAACAAUGCAUCAUCUGUAAAAUUUCAAUUAAGAAGUAAUAAACUGCUGAUUCUAGGCUGAAAUUAGAGUAAUUAAUUAAAAAAAAUAAGAUAAAUUUAUUUUCCAGGUAUCUAAAUGUGAUCAUAAAAAUCUUGUAACAGAAGCUUUUGUGAUAAGAGACAAAAGGGAUUUCUUUUAUUUUUAAAUUAUGGGCUUAUCUAGUAAAUGUACCUUAGAUUGGUGUAUUUGUCAAAUUAUUAUUUUUUUUUUAAAGUUUUUAAUUUUAAAAAUCUAUCUAUUUUGAUAUGCAUAAAAUUGUGAAAAAAAUUGUUAUUUCUCUUUCAAUUUUACUGUUAUAAGUUUGAAAUUGAAAUGUGCAUAAUCAAAUUGAGUUGUUUAAAUAUUUUUUAGAAUACUUUAUUUAAUCCAUCAACUUGCAAGAACCACAAAAUUUAGGUAGAUAUUUUAGUUUUUGUACAAAAAAAAUUGCUUUAAUAAAUUAGAUGUG